UCCAAUGUUAUUAUCAUUCCCUUCCCAGUACAUAUAUUUAUCUUUGUUAUUAUUAUUAUUAUGAGUUUUCUUUUCUCCCUGUUAUUUUGAGCUUCUCAGGUCAACUGAAUGAAAGGUUAUUCUUUGAGUGGAAACCUUUUAUCUCUCUCUCUCUCUCUUUUUUCUCCUCUCCAUGCUGAUGUUUUCCUCUGAUAAUUUAUCAUCAAAAUCUAUUGUUAUUUACCUUUUACAAUUCCCUUUAUACUUUUAAUCCACUUGCAACUAUUAUUAUUAUUCUCUAACAGUUACACACCUUUUCUUUUUUAUAUCAUCUCAAUCAGAAUCGAACAUGAAUUGUGAGCAAAAAUUAAGAAUCUCCGUUGAUAUUUUCAUGGAAAUUGUUUCCAAUAAUAUCUCUGAGUUUUUCCAUCCAUAGUAAAUAUCAUUUCUGUCUCAUUUCCUGGUUUUAUUUGUGCUCUCUCUCUCUCUGUGACAAUUUUCUCAAGUGCGAUGUUUUCAUCUAAUAUUUACUUAUGUCGAUCCAUUUACUCCUUUGUUUCCUGGUGUAUUCCAAGUGAUUUGCAUUGUUUCAUUUAAUUGUAUCACUCAAGUCAAUCAACUGUGAAAAAAAUUGCUCGCAGAUAUAAAUCUUAAUUGUGUUGGCAAGGAAAAGAAACCAAAGUGAAUCGUUUAAUGAAAUAACUAAUUGUUUUCAUUUUUUGGUGGAAAAAAAAAUUCUUAUUUACUCUCAUUAUUUAUUUACCUGAAUGAAAACGAGAUGAUGAUAAGAAUUGAAUUUUGUAUCUAUUCUGGAGCAACGAUUGUCUCAUGUUAAAUACUAAAAUUGGUCUUAAUCGGGUUGAUGGUGAAGGGACCAAUAAUCGAGUGGCGAGUGGACUUAAUGGUGGAGGAUUCGGUCUAUUUGAAGGACCUCCAUCUCCCUCACCAUCACCCAAUUUGAUGCGAAAUCGAUCAACAUCCGUUCAACACCAAACCAUCCCGGAAACAACGACUUCUAACCAUUCAAGUUCAUUUUAUUAUCAUCAAUAUUAUCAACAAUUUCACCCACCGGCCUCACCAUCAUUUACUUAUCAACAUCCUCAUGUCCAGAAACAUUUCACAUUUAACACUGAAGCCAUAGAUGAUUAUCAAGAAUCUCGAAACAAUAAGUCCAAUAAUUAUUAUGAUGAUCGACAAUGGGAACGUAAAUACUCAAUUUCUUCCGAAACCAAUGGUCAAUCAUCACCACCAUCAGGGGAAAUCGAUAUCAAUGAUAUUCCUGGUCCGUCAAAAAUACAAACUAACGAAUCGUCCAACAGUAACAAUAAUAAUAAUAAUAAUUCUAAUAAUAAUAAUACUUCUAAUGAGGGAACAGCGACUUCACGUUGUUUGGCCUUAGAACAGGCUUAUGUUCAUGAUGUUUACAGUUCGAUUGCUCAUGAAUGUGGUGCCUGUUCACCAGUUCGAUCACAUAUCAAGGAAUUUCUUUACGAUGAAUUUGAAUUUGGAAGCCUGGUAAUGGAUGUUGGUUGUGGCGAUGGUAAAUAUCUUAAUCUUAAAUCUGAUAUUUUCACCUUGGGAAUGGAAAAGUGUCCCGAUUGGUUUAACAAGGAAAACAUGGUAAACACAACGGUAAAUAAUUCACCGAACAUGUCUGACCUAAUGGUUGCCGAUGUGAUCUACCUUCCGGUGAGAGAUGAAUUUUUCGAUGGUGUCCUUUGUUGUGGAGUCUUACAUCAUAUAUCAACCACUGAUCGUCGAGUCUCAGCAAUUAAGGAGAUGUGCCGAGUGAUUAAAAUCGGAGGUAAAUUGUUAAUAACCGUUUGGGCCUUCGAGGGUCGAGAGUUGGAAUCACAAGAUGUACUGAUCAAAUGGAAUUCAUCUUCUAAACGUAAUCGUGAUCGUUAUGGUAAUUCAGGAGGUGGUGAUCAAUCAAGUGAUGAAUCAACGUCCAGUUGUUCAACCAGUUCAACGACAACCACCAAUUAUGUAAAUCGUAAGGCAGCUUAUGAAUCAUGUAAUUCACCCACCUCACAAUUUGGUACAUGCUAUUCAUUUGUGCGUAAAGCUUUACAACGGUUUAGUUUAUCCUCGAAUACAUUUUAUCAUUCACCAAGGAGAGCAUCUAAAUCGUCAACUAAUCGUGAUACCACUUCAACCUCUGGAUUUGCGACACUUGAAGAUAUGCCCAUUGAAUUGAGAAAUAUUGAAGAGAAAAAAUCAGCUGAUCCAUUUGGCUCAGGUUCACCUGAGAUGGUUAAUAAUGUUCAUGGAGGCGGUGGGAGUGGUACAAGUGGCUCACAUGGAGGUGACCCAUCAACUGGACCGUCCAAGGGAUUUCCUUUACUUGGCCAAAGAGCUGGCUCACUAUUUCAUCUGUCACAUAAUCAUAAUCAUCCAAUCAAUGGACCAUUGAGUGCCUCAGCAUCCGUUUCGAUUCCAGGUAAUCCAGUUACCCAUGGAUCUACAAAUUCCCUUUUAACAUCAACUCCAACAACAAUUAAGACCAAUUUAAAUGUCAAUACGAACGAUGGACCAUCAACUGCACCAGUUUCUCGUCAGAACAGUUUAACUUCAAUCAUCGGCGGUAAAGUUACUACUAGACGACAUUCACUUUUCAAUAUGAUUCGUAAUUCGAUAACCAAACCAAUAAGAAAAACGGUCGGAAAAGGUUCUAAGUCGAAAGAAUCAUCUCCAAUCAACUCGACGACAGCUUCUCCUCAACAUCGACCGGUCAAAAAUAAAUUGACCAAAGGAUCAUCUUCGUCGACAACCACAACCUCAUCAUCGACUGGGGUCAAACUUAAUGGUUUCCUAUCUCAGCAUCGCUUUAGUCUUCCAGCUAACUUGAGACGAUCAUCAAAUCAUAAAUCAUCACCAUCUAAGGCUAACAAUCAAUUUUCAAAAGCUAAAUCCACUUCGAUCAAUAAUAAUAAUAAUAACUGUGGCAAUAAUGGUAAACAUAAAAUGGACAGUCUAAGUUUAGAUGACCCCAGAGGUCAUUUAUUAUCAAGCCAAGAAUCAACUGAAGCUUCAUAUGAAUUCAAUGCUGAUACUCAAAAGGAUUCAAUUGAUCAUUCAGCUACUGAUGGGAGUAAAUCGGCUUCAGGAUUGGCGGGUUGUAGUCUUGAUGAAUCAAUUGUAGCUUCGGUUGGAGAUAAUGACGGUGAUGAUGAAGAGGAGGAUGCUGGUCCUAGCGAAGGAGAUGGGAAAAGGCCAGAGACUAUUGAAGAGGGAGAUGACAUGUUAAUGAUGAUUAGAACAUCAGUGACCGCAACAAUCGCCGGUGGGAACAGUAAACGAAAACGUGAAGCUUGGGGUAAAAUAUUGCAAAAAUCUCUGUCUUCCGAUUCUCUGGAAUCAAAACAAUCAAAACAAUCGCGACAACAAUCAACCGGAACUGAGGCUGGAACCAUAACAACUACUACAACCAAUACAGCAACAACAACCACCACAAAUACAGCCUCGGGCACAUCCAAUUCCGCUUCAACAUCAGAAAGUUCAUCUAAAUUGGUUGCAUAUUAUUCAAUGCCAGAGCUUAGGCUACUGAUGGCAGGCGAUGAAGACGAAGAUAACUUCGAUGAAUGUGGACUUAGAAAUAUAGUUAAUCGUAAUAAGCCUCGUUUAUCAGAAAUUCAUCCAAUUACUUUUCUUAAUUCAAUGGGAACUGGUCGACGGGAAUCAAAAGGUUCAGUGAUUCGUAAUGAUUCACAGGAUACACAAAACGCACUCGAAGAUACUUUUGAUCAUUCAAUCCUUGAACUCGCCACCAUUAGUUGCACAUCAUCAGGAAGCGGUGGUAAAGGCGAUGAACCUCAACCACCCCCUCCUCUUGUACCAUCUUCAGUUCCCGCCGUUUAUCCUCCUUCCAUGAUUCCAGUUACCCUGAUUAAUAAGUCAUCUUUUGAAGAGUCUUCGCCCAACUCUCGUCCACCAUCAUCGACAUCAUUAAAGGAGCGCCUUCAAUUGAAUCUUCCAAGUUCAUCGGCUCGAUCACCUUCUGAGUGCUCAUCAACUGAAGGUUAUUAUUACGAUAAAAUGGACAAAGAUGGUAAAACAGUUCGAUCUUUAUCGGUCGAAUAUAAACCGGCCAUUUGUUCAUCAUAUCGACAGGGUUUGCGAAGAUUUUCAGCUUCGCCGUCACUUCUUGUAUCUAAGCCUUUCUUUCAAUUGGCACCUCAUACUUCUGGUCACGAAACACACCCAAGUGUCGAUUCUGAGGAGUCUUUUGUGACCAUUAUUCCAGCCGGAAGGUCAUGUCGAACUGGAAGUGGAACCAUUGAGGCUUCGUUAGGAGAUGAAGUUGAUUCCUUUAUGGACGAUGUUAUUUUAGACAUUGAUGCAACUUCCUUAGGGUCAACAGAAGAGGACGAAGCCUUGUGUGAACAAUUAACUCGUCCAUUUGUUACCGUUGAUACGGUUGGCAUAUUAGGUCGAGCUUCUGUUCACCGGACUAGCUCAUUAGGACCAAGUUCACCUCGUUUACUUAACUCAAGUGGUACCAAUAGUAUAGCCAAUCUCAGUAGCAGUGGAGUGUCUCCAUGUCCACCCUUACAUGUUACCCCAUCAUCAUCAGCUGUUUGUAGUUCUAGUGGUCAAGCUGAUGUAUCUGCAACACCUCGAGCAAGUAGUGGCGGUGGUACUGCAGGCGGAGGUGAAUCAGAUGAUCUAGCGAGUAUCUCAACAGCAACAACUAAAUCAAUUCCUUCACUUGAAUCAAGUCUAAAAGGUAGAGAGGAAGAAGAUGAAGUCGAUGCAGAUUGUAUUGAGGAAGAGGAUGGAAUAAUUAUCGACAAUGACCAUUCAGAUGAGAUUAAAUCGAAUGGGUCAACUCCUUCUCCACCCGCUAAUCUUCAUCGAUAUUUUCACCUUUUUAAAUGCGGUGAAUUGGAAGAGGUAAUUGAACAGAAUGUUGAAAAUCUUCAUGUAGUCAAAUCUUAUUACAGUGAACACGCCAAUUCUUGGUGUGUAGUAGCCGAAAAGGUCAGAGUUUGGACCAUCUAAAUCGAUAAUCACUUAUCGAAUCAACUAAUUGUUGUAAAAUCGUCGUCAUUUACCAUUGUCUUUGUUCAUACCAAUACUUUUACCUAUCCUAAUAUUAUUUGGGAUUUUAAUUAUUUCACAUGGUUAAUGAGGCACAAUUUUCAUUCAUAACAAACAGGCAACAAUUGAAUUAAAACUAAAUCUCCAAUCUUUCAAUAUAAUCCUUUGAUAUUUAUCAUCAAUCAAUUACUAUUAAUAAAUUAAUUUACUAUUCAGAUAAAAUUGUUACUUUGAAAACUUAACAAAUGAAAAAACAUUAACAAUUAAUGUAAACAUUUCUUAACCAUUAAUAUAAAUGAAUGUACAAUGAAAUCAAUUGAAAAUCUCAAUCGUUGGCAACCUAAUCAACUAACAAUCAAUCCUGGUAAUCAUUUCAUUAAACCAAUGGAUAUUUAAUUGCUUUUCUCAUUUACAAUUUAAUUGCUAUCAUUGUAAAACUUGACUAUUUGUAAUAUUAAUAAUGUUAAACAUUGAAAUAAAAACACUUACGAGUUAUUAUCAAGUUGAUUACAAUUAAAUUAGCAUUUCAAACAGAAAUGAAAAUGAGAAUCAGGUCCAGUUGAGUUCGUUUUCAGAUCAUAAUUUAGGCUCGAUUAUUGUGACAUUGUCGAGAGAAUCCAAGUCGAAAUUGAUAAGUCACAAUUAAAAUGUCGAAACCUCUAAAUCGAGUCAAUGACAAUCAGAUAAAUGAACGAUUAUCGCUCAAUUAAAAUACCAGAGAAUCAUAAAAAUCGGACAAUCUAAUGAGAUUAAACUAAUUACAACCCUCUCAUUAUAAUCAUCUAAUUAACAGUUAUCAGGUAUCAUCAUUGAAGAUUAUCUUGUUCAAUCAUAAUUAACCAGAGAGAACAUGAAAAAAAAACUUAAUUACUCCACUAAUCAGUUACCU